AUGGCGGACCCAGACAAGAUCAAGCCGUACGGCCUCUCCCAGAUCUACUGCUCCAAGGAGCCGCUGGUGGAUAUCGUCUUCGUUCAUGGCCUCAACGGUCAUCCUUAUAACACCUGGAAGUCACAGUCGGGCAUCUUUUGGCCAUCAGAGCUUCUUCCCGAGGUCCUUGAACACGUUCGCAUCCUCACUUAUGGCUACAACGCCGAGGUAGCGGCUUUCAGAGAUGGCUCUUCUCGAGACCAUAUCCAUCACCACGCAGAGACGCUGGCCUCGGGCCUUGCCGCGAACCGAAAUCUUCGAAAAUGCUCUGACCGUCCUAUCAUCUUCGUCUGUCAUUCCCUCGGGGGCCUCGUGGUCAAGCGCACGCUCAUCCACUGUCGCAACGUCAUGAACGAGAAGAUUGAGCAUCUGCGAUCCGUCUUUGUGUCCACGUACGGCAUUCUCUUCCUGGGCACUCCGCACAACGGCUCUGACAUGGCCAAGUGGGGUUCGCUCCUGCAGAACAUCUGCAGUGCGGUUUUGCCUAGGAAGGUCAUGGAGAGCUCUUCCCAGUUGAUCAGUGCGCUCCAGACAGACAAUGAGACCCUCCAGAACAUUAACAGUCUUUUUGCAGAGAUCCUACCCAGGUACCACGUUUACUUCUUCCAUGAGACUCGUUCGACCGAUAUCAAGGGAACCCGUCAGCUCAUCGUGGACGAGACCUCUGCCGCUCCUUACAUCGAGGGUGUGGAACGCAUGGGUAUCGAGGCAGAUCACAGUAGCAUGUGCAAAUUCGAUGAUGAAACUGCUCCCGGAUACGAAGCGGUCGCUGAGGCAAUACUGCGAUACUCAGAAGCCGCUCCUGCACUCAUCGCGCACCGAUGGCACGAGGAGGAGAGCACCCGAGAGAUGUGGAAGCACUACAAGAUUGGCGAGCUUCGCGGUACAGGCACCGCACAAAGUGCCCAGAUUACAAGUGGUAGGACCCAUCUUCUCCCAGCCCCUGGAUCUUCUAUUACUUUGAGCCCAUAUGAGAUUGAAGAGCCCCCAAGUGAGCCUUUCUUCAUAGUACCGCCAGGGUUUCAUCCAAAUGCGACCUUUUAUGGCAUGGAAAAGGAACUUCGUUUGAUGGAUGAUCGUCUACACAAGGCCAGGAAACGCGUUGAUCGUCUCACUGCGGUUCUUAUACACGGAGUACCUGGUUCCGGAAAAACACAUUUAGCACGACAGUAUAUCUGGGACCAACGCAAAUGUUACCCUGGCGGCAUCUUCUGGGUGGACGCCAAAUCACGCCAGUCAACUUAUAAAUCCUACUGGGAGAUUGCUCAAGCGGCCUCCCUGGCGCCAGAUGACCAACAAUUCGAAGAGUCAGAGGCGACAACACCGCAGCAAUUUGUAUUCGAAGUUCGUGAUUGGUUUCAGGCUCGGGAGGAAUGGCUUUUGAUCUUCGAUGGCAUUACUUUCGAUCAGGAUGAGGAUUUGAACCAUUUCAAACAGAUCCUCCCCUUUAGGCCAAGGUCAAAUAUCAUCUAUACCUCUAUUGACAGAACGCUCGCAAGGAAGCAGCGCCUUUUCGAACCAUACUGCCUGACAGUUCCACCCCUUGAGGAGGAAGAUGCUUGCAAGCUUCUCUUCAAAGAUAUUGGUGUCAAGAAUGCGGACCGCUCCCAAAAAAAGAAAGCGAUCGCUCUGGUCAAACACUACGAAUGUCUCCCUUUGGCAAUACAUGCGAUCGGCCAUCGCCUCAGUGCGACGGGAAAACCAAUCGUUAACUACCAUAUAAACUCACACUUGACAGACGAAAAACUUGCGGAACCUUUUCUGAGCAUCAUGCACGAUCUCUAUCGUAUGGAGCACUUUGCCGCGUUGAACCUCAUCAACUUAUUGGCAUUCCUUGGUCACCAGGUCCCAGUCGGAUUAAUUAACAUGGGACGAGGAGCUCUGGAAUCCUGGGAUGUCGAGGUCAUGACCAGCAGUAGACCUGGAGAUCGCCCGGAGAUUGAUGCCACACUGGGAACUCUGAUCCGGUAUGGACUCCUGGAAAGGACUGCCAAUUCACCCAAGCAACAGCAGAGCUUUGCAUCGCAAUCGGAUGGGGACGAGACACUCGAAUCGAGCGUGCAGACACCGGCGUUGUCAGAGUCACAAACUGACAGCAAUGAGGAUGCUUCUAGAGAUUCGUACUCUGAGACAAGUCCGGGACCCGGUGCUAUUGACGUCAUUAGAAUCCACAGCGUUGUGCAGGGUUUCUGCCGAGAUGAGCUUAAGAUCAUGGAUAAGGAGCAGGCAAGCCAGCCGCUAAUGGCUAGCAUCGCAAGUUUAGGGCCUGGCUCUACGGGAUUCUACGACUCGUGGCUUGUCGUCACCACGAGCAUGUUUUGUGCCUCGUACGAAAAGGCAAAAACCAGAAUGGGCGCCAUUGAUUAUGGCGGCAUGGUCAAAGACUACCGGGAAUAUGAGACGCAUGGAUCACGCUUGCUGGAUCACUACCCCAAAAAAACCAGGAAGAUUUCCAAGGCGCCAGUAACUGUGCGUCAAGCUCACGAAGACCUGACCCGGACCAUGGGGAAUAUCCGCGGCGAGCUUCGACGCCUCUCACGCAGCUCGACCCAAGUAGCACCGCCAAAGCUCAAGUCCGUUUUUGAUCGCACGAGUAGCUCGUCUUCAUCAUUGCCUGACUCUUCUUCGAACGAAGAGAAUUCGCCGGAGCCAACGCUGAAUCUGGGUGACAUCAAACUCGAUCAUGUGGAGUCGCCACAGGAGAUCAUUAAUUUGGAGCUAUUCCCGCCGCAUAUCUUCCGAGAACCCAGUCGUGACCAGGAGGCCGAUGAUGAGAGUGAAGUCAAUGUGAGGAAGCCAAAGCGAGGUACGCCGCUUUCGCAGAUGGUCCGGGAGGCACGUAGGCCUAGGCCUGCUGCGCCCGUCCUCAGGGUCUUCCAGGUACAUGGACAUAAUGUGCCCGGCAGCAACUUGGACAGGGGCCGAAGAGGCUCGCAAGGCUCAGCAGUUGAAGCGCUUGCGGCUGUUCAUCAUGGAACACCACCGUCGUCUCGUGAUAGCAAUGUGGACUUGGCUGUUACUUCUCCAUCGGGAGAAGAGAACAUACCAACCUAUGCGACUGUCACGGCAUCGAGGCGCACAAACGAGCUCAUUCACGCGGCGAAGCGUCGACCAUAUUCACCUCCUGCCGGACGCCCUGCCUCGAGGGCGCCUGCCAGAUCGUCCGCAGAGUCCUUGGUCAGUCGAAGCAGCCAUAUCGCACCAUUCUCCCCGGAUUUGAGACCGGAGCGGAUGAGUCACUCUUUGUCUAGUGAGGCUGGUGCUGACCUAAUUGCGCAACAUUUCGAAUCUUUGGAGAUGAAAGAGGCUCAGUAUCAACAACUUCAUGCUUCUACAACACUGAGACCCCAUGAGCCGGCUGGCGACUUGUCUGGAAGCGUUUCAUCCAUCUUCGCUUAUGGAAACCAGUCGAUGCAUAUUGAAGGCAACCAGGAUAUCAGGGAGUCCCGACGCAUGAGCGGGCAAUCUCGAUCGGGUCUUGUUGGACAAUCAGCUACGCAUUUGAUGUCCGUUCAUCAUCCGUCUGCGUUUAUGCCAGGUUCCUCUCCACCCUCAAUGACCGACAUGAACAUGCCGGGCUAUCACGCCAACGCCAACGCCACCGAUCCAAUCCCAGCCGCUGCUGAACCAAUGUCGCGAGGACCAUCAGCGAACUCUCGCCAAUCCUGGACGACGGAUCCAGUUCUCUACCCUCCACCUGUGGUCCCUCACAUCCAGCCAAAUGCUGGAACGACAGCAGCGCCAAUGCCCAUCAGCCCAUUCCCCCAAAUGGUCCCCGAGCAUCCAGCAGUCUCCGGAAUGGGCAGCUGGAUCAGUGAACUACCACCGCAGCCAGCACCCAGCGCAGCUCUUCACCCUGAUUCCGCCUACGCGUCUCCGCCACCACCACCACCACCACCACCACUACCGCUUGAACCCGCACCCGCACCCGCGCCUGCACCGAGGAUGUAUUUCGGUGGCCAGCCUGUGGAUCUUUCGGGAGCUAGACAUCGGUUGUACGGUCAUUCUUCGGUUCCGGCCCCGGCUCCGUUCCCGUUCGCGUCGCCGGCAAACAUCGCGACGUACCAGUUGUAUCAUCCGAAUCUGUCUACACCGAUGAUCCCGCAUCCCCAGCCGGUUGAUAUGGGUCUUCCGAGGGGUGUGCCCGCGAGACGGGGACGAAGUGGGAGUGCGCCUGGGGAGGGGUGGGGACAGUGA